CCGGAAGCACGGGCUGUGUGCCCUUCUAGCCUUCUCAUCUAUGCUCACGCCGGUCGCGAAACGCCUGUUACCGCAACGGGAGAACGAGAUCCGUGCGCAGUGCAUCCUGGGUAUUGUAGUCCCUCCGCCCCUUAAUGGCCUGUUUUCUUUGAGAGAAGCCUGGGGAAGAGAACUGCACUUCCCAGCGUGCCUCGCUCCAGCGCCGUUUGCCCGAGAGGGGAUGAGGAGGAAGGCGACCGGGAGCCGCUGAGCUCUUUGCAGCUUCGUCCAGCCGACGCAGGGGCAGGAUGUAUACGCUGCUGUCUGGGCUUUACAAAUACAUGUUCCAGCGGGAUGAAUACUGCAUCUUGAUCCUCGGGCUGGACAAUGCUGGGAAAACGACCUUCCUGGAACAGACCAAGACAAGGUUCACUAGGAACUACAAAGGCAUGAAUUUCUCCAAGAUCACAACCACUGUGGGCUUGAACAUUGGCACCAUAGAUGUGGGCAAAGCCAGGCUAAUGUUCUGGGACCUCGGAGGACAAGAGGAACUUCAGUCUCUGUGGGACAAGUAUUAUGCCGAAUCUCACGGCGUCAUCUACAUCAUCGACUCCACCGACGAGGAGAGGCUGUCGGAAUCGAAGCGAGCUUUCGAGAAGAUGAUAACCAGCGAAGUCCUGGAAGGUGUUCCGCUGCUGGUUCUGGCUAACAAACAGGACGUCGAGGGCUGCCUAUCAAUCCCAGACAUCAAGACGGCGUUCAGCGACUGCAUCAACAAGAUUGGGAAGAGGGACUGCCUGACGCAAGCCUGCUCGGCUCUCACUGGCAAAGGGGUGAACGAGGGAAUCGAGUGGAUGGUGAAAUGCGUGGUGAGGAACAUCCAUCGCCCCCCGAGGCAGAAGGACAUCACGUAAAGAACCACGGAGGAACCAAGUUCUGGCCACCUUUUGUCCAGAACGGCCUCGUUUCACUCUGACUCUUUUCUCUGUCUCUCUCUCUUUUGGAAUGAAGUCCCCGGACCUCCUGGUCCGUCCCUGGCUCGUGCGCGUCGAGCGCACACGCCACAUCGUCUUUUGGCGUCUCGCGAAAGGACUCCUCGACUGUGAAGGACUUUGACCGAAGCCUCGUUCUACCGAUUCCUUCUAGGCCCUUAGCACAGAGGGCGUAGUCUUCUCCCCUUAACCGGGGGGGGUGGGACGGCCGUAAGUGUUUGGGGCUCAAGUCACCCCUGUGCCACUUCGACCCGCAGGGCUGAAGACCCUCUAGUUGGCCGAUCCCAAUGGAAACGGACGAUUAAAAUACAUUGGGUGUCUCACAUUCCGAUUUCGUCAGAAGCGAUUGUUUUUUUUUUCAAACCUGAAACGGUGGCCACGGGCUUGCCUGUUCCUUUGUGACGAUACCUCACCAGCGUAAGUGGGAAUGAGGGGCUUAGCUGGGGCGAACGGCCCCGGUUCGAUCUGCAUCGAUACGGAGUUAGAAUCGAUGUAUAGAUUUCAUUUUCUCUCGGUUUGGGGACGACAGGCAGCGGUCAGGCCCAGAGGUGGGUCCCAUCAACUGAAAGCUCUCUUUUGGAUGACCAUCGCCUCAGCCAAGCAGAGAAAACGAGCUGGGAACCAUUCUCUUGUGGAGCUGACAUAACGCUCUAUAUAUUUCUCGGAUCCAGAAACGCUGUAUGGGGAUUGUUCUCCAAUAAAGUUUCAUAUCCCUCUGUA